GUGACGUCUCAGGAAGUGAAAUGAGAAUAGAAGUGGAUGGUGAGCGAUGUAGCGGUGAAAUAAGAUAAACACAAUAAGACAAACAAACAGAAAACAAAGCGGAAAAGGAGAACAACAAGCAGAGUGAAAGUAAACCUGUAAUGUGGAGGAAACGGCGCAGUGUAACCGUGACAACGAGACACGAGGACGGAUUUAAAGUGAUCAUAAAAUCGUCUCCAGACGGUCGUCGUUCGUCCAGUAGGCGGGAUUAAUGCACCUGUAAGCUGAUUUGUCAAACGCCAUCAGGCCCCGAAGAAGAACGGAGGAGGACAGCACUACUGUGGUAGAGGAGCGGUGUGUGUGCAGACAUGGCUGCUGUUGAUGAAGCGGACUGAACUUAGAGGAGAGACACAAACUGAAGUAUUGAUCCCGUCACAUCAGUGUGGAUCUGAUACCAACGUCUGGAUCGCUUCAUCGAUGCUUGUAUCGAUCCGCUCAGCCUGAGUUGAAGCAGCGAUGAGUUCAGCUCAGUAUCUGAGAGAGUUCAUCAAGGAGAGACUAACUGCUGUUUGUGAAGAAAUCUUCUCAGAGGUUCAAAAAACCAUCGUCCAGUAUGAGGAGGAGAUCAACCGUCAGCACAGACUGCUGGAUAUCAGCCGGAAACCCGACAGAAACUCACACAUCAUAGACUUCCCACGACAACAUGACUGUGAGGAAGAGGGGGGUCUGGAUGAGCAGCAGGUCUGUAACCAGGAGAGGAACUCCAGUCUGGACCAGGAGGACCCAGAGCCUCCACAGAUUAAAGAGGAACAAGAGGAGCUCUGCAGCAGUCAGGAGGGAGAGCAGCUUGGACUGAAGCAGGAGGCUGAAGGCAUUAUUGUCUGGACUGAUGAAGAGCAGCUCAGACAGAUGGAGACUAUCUGGAAACCUGAGAUAAAGCUACACAGAAUAGGUAUGUAAAACUGUGAUGUCUUUAUAACAUUGAAUAUGACUCACAGGCGUCACAGUGGAACAGUGGUUAGCACUGUUGGCUCCCAACAACAAGGUCCUGGGUUUGACUCCACCAGGUGUCUAGGUCUUUCUGUGUGGAGUUUGUAUGUUCUCCACUUGUUCACUCUCCAGAGACAUGCACAGAGCUGGGUUAGGUUAGUUGGUGACUCUAAAUUGCCCAUAGGUAUGAAUGUCAGUGCAAAUAGUUGUCUGUCUUUCUGUGUUGCCCCUGCGACAGAGUGUUGACCUUUCCAGGGUCAACCCUGCCUCUCCCUAUGGUAGCUGGGAUUGGCUCCAGCACCCCAUACCCUAAUAAGAACAAAUGGAAGAGAAUAACCACAGCUCAAGGUUGCAUUUAUUUUUAGAGGCACAAGAAGAAUUGAAGGUCCAACUGUAAUAAGCAGCAUGAAUGAAUCUCUUUAGCCUGAUUUUCUGUUUUCAUUUACAUGAACACAUUUUUACCAUUAACUCAUGCAAAAAGGUAAAUGCAUGCAUAAAAUCCAGCAGAAUGAAAGAUGUGAAACAUCUAAGUUUCUCAAAAUAUUUGGAGGGUCAUGAAUAUCAUUUAUGAAAAAAAAGGGCAGAGACAAUGCUUUAAUUUCAGGGGAUGCUGAAAAAGCCUUUAACAGGAUGGAAUGGCCGUUUGUAUUUGAAGUUCUGAAAAAGUUUGGUAUUGGAAACAGAUUUUUUAAAUGGAUUCAAUUGAUAUACUCCAAUCCUCAAGCAGAGAUUUUAACUAACGGUCAUUUUUCCACACCAUUCAGACUACACCGCGGAACUAGACAAGGGUCCCCCUUGUCACCUCUCUUGUUCACCUUGGCAGUUGAAUUGGCAGUUGAGCCUCUUGCAUUGUCAAUUCAAUUCAUAAAAACAUCAGGAAUUAAAGUAGGCAAUAUUGACCAUCGUAUUGCCCUAUAUGCUGAUGAUGUGAUCCUGUUUUGCACCAACUUAAACAAAUCAAUACCAUUGAUAUUAAGUCUUAUCAAUAUAUUUAGUACAUUUUCUGGUUACAAAAUAAAUUGUAACAUGUCCAAAGUAUUAUUUUUUUAAUAAAAAUAAUCGAAAAAAUCCCCCAAUCAACACUCCCUUUCUGUGAUCUGAACAGGGGUUUCCUUAUCUGGGUCUGAAAUUAACUCCCCUCCCUUAAUUAAGAAUAUUCUUGCAUCUGACUAUAACUCCUUAACGUCAAAACUCUUUCUUUUCAGAUUUUCAAAAACUAUUGGAAUAACAAAAGACCAAGGAUCAGACUCUCCUUACUCUACCUUCCUUAUGAAAGAGGGGGUUUACAACUUCCAAAUUUAAUGUGCUACUUUUUGGCUACCAGGAAGACACUAAGUAAACAAACUGAGAAUCCGUUUCUGAAAAACACUAUAAUAAUCUGGUUUGAAACACAUAACUACUUGGGAGAAACAUCACAACUGUCAAGGUUCCCUCCAAUAUUUAGAAAUAACAGCUUUCCUCCCGGUAGGGCAGAUGCAGGCUUUAGACUUUGAUUCGAUCAAGGUAUAAGAAAAGUGUCUGAUUUAUUUAGGAAUAAUACUCUAAUGUCUUUUGAACAACUUAGAAGUACAUUUUCUAUUCCUGCAAAACACUUUUUCAAUUUUCUUCAAUUAAGAAAUUUUAUUUUAACCACACAAGGUUAAAGCUUAGAACUCUCCACGUACUGUUCUCUAGAGAGCACAGUUAUAAAACAUCUAAAUGGGAGAGGUCAAGUUUCUGCAUUUUUCCAAAGUGUUUGUUGAUUCUUUGGAGUUUUCCAU